CUGGCUAUUGACUAAUCUAAUAAAUCAAAAUCAAAUGCAGUUGUGAUCCUAGAUAAAUGAUACUGUUGUGAUUGUGAAGUGAAAUUAGUAUCUGAUUAUUCAUUAGUUUUUGAUUUUGUAAAUUAUUAUAAAACCGUUGGUUUUAGAUAUAACCUAGUAUAAAGUGUUAGGUGUAAGAAUUCUUGAUAACAUUUACGUAUAAGGUAAUUAAGAUGUGGCGAAAUGAGGAAAAUUCUGACAAUGAAGAGGAUGAUGAAAUUCCAGAAACUGAAAAGAACUUCAAACCUACCUUUGUUGUGAUAGCAAUUGAUACUCAUCCUUUAAUGUUCAGGAAGAAAGAAGAUAAUUCAAUUCCAUUUAAAGACUGUUUAUCAGCUUGUUAUUCUUUGGCAGAUUCGUUAUUGCUUGCUCCAAGUAACCGCUCUUGGAAUCAGUUUGCGGUGUUACUGGCUAAAGAGGAAUCUCCUUGCCUUACGGAAUUUCGUGAUAAUUUGAUAGAUACAGUAAAACUUUUGAAAACAAAAGCUGGGCUACCCAAUAAACAACUUGCCGAAGAAUAUCAGAGAAAAGGAGAAUUUGAUUUGGCUGGGUUUUUGUUAGCAUGUAAGAAAGUAUUUCACGACAUUAAAACGGCAUUUUAUAAACGAACACUCAUAUAUAUCACUGAUGACGAUGAACCCGUCCAAGAUGCCACAAAAAAAUUUACAGUUUUUAAUGAGAUAAAAACGUUCAGUGGGAACCAAAUUGACUUCCAAAUAAUUCCAACAACAUCAGAUUUCAAUUAUAGCAAAUUUUACAAUGAAUUGUUUUCGCUAUUGGACAAUCCACUUGUAGAAGUAAUCUGUGAAGAUGAGGAAGGUCUAACAGAAAAAUUAACUUCGGCAGUUGUAAUGAGACAUGCACGCAGAAAAAUGUUAUUCUAUCCUUUUAAAGGCGACACGUCACGCACUUUAAAUUGUUACAAAUUGGACUUCAUACGUACAUCAGCACUGAUUAAUAGUAGAUUAACCAAAGACGGCAAACCUGUGAAGUUGACAGGAGAAGAUGGCGAUGAACUUGUCGACGCCACUUAUUACUUCAGAACCAAAGCCCCUGGACGGGACAGUAUUAAGUUUGACUCAUACGAAAAGAAUUGCAUUAUGGACAACACUUUACCUUUAGGGCUGACUUUGCUAUAUGUUUCAAAGAGGUCCACAGAUAUUGGUUAUGUUUUGGGUAAGCCCUUCUUUCUGAUGUCGCGGGAUAAAGAUGAUGUGUAUUUUAAAAAAUUUUGGCAGAACUGUGUCGAGAAAGAAAGGGUACUGGUCUGUGCUUUAAAGCAGAGACAACCUGGUAAAAUCCGUUACACGGAACUUAUUCCGUACACUGUAAACAAUUCUCCGAUGUUCCUUGUUAAAUACAUACCAUUUGCAACUGAAAUAAUUCUCCCAAAGAAAACUGAUUAUCCUGAGCCUGAAACUAAUGAAACCAAAAGAGAAGCUGUUCGAGAAUUAGUAAAGAGUUUGACAUUUGAUUUUGAUGUGAAAAUGAUUCCAGAUCCCUGUUAUCUAAAAAAGAAAGAGUAUGUUAAGUCAAAGUUACUUGAAGAACCACGAGAAGAACCAAUAGGUGUAGCUUUUGCCAAUGAAGCUUUAGAUAAACUUUUAGAGGAAGCAGUAAAUAUGAUAAAUAAAAACUUUGUUCUGGUAGAGGACAGGAAAAGAAAAACUACAGCCAGUACUUCAAGAGCAAAGAAACCCAAGUAGAUGUUACAUAAAUUAUGAUACUUUUUUUUUUAUGUUGUGUAGUUGUUCUUUUGUAACUUAUUUGUGCCAAUUUAUUUACUACUUGUACUUAUUA